AUUGAAUUAAAACUCGCUGGUCAUGCUUGUCUAUAAAAGCGACAACCCGUUUCAUAUUUGGCUAUUCAGUGUCGGCAGGCUACUUAACCGUUUUCUUUUUCCGUUUACUGUGUUACACGAACACCCUGCACUACAAUGUCACUUAAGAACGUCAAACUUAUUUACUUUGACGCCCGGGGGCGGGGUGAGGUGAUCCGCCUCAUGUUUGCAGCAGCGGGGGUCAAGUAUGAUGACGUCAGACACACAACAGAGACAUGGCCGGCCGAGAAACCAAAAAUGCCAUUUGGGCAAUUGCCAGUAUUAGUCGUAGAUGGCAAAUUGUAUGCCCAGAGCGUUGCCAUAGCAACCUUUGUUGCCAAGGAAGCAGGAUUUUAUCCUAAAACUGCCAUUGACGGAUUAAAAGUCGAUCAAGUCGUUCAACUUGCAGUUGACUUGCAAAUAUUGACAUUUAAAGCGUUUUUUGAGAAAGACGAGGCGAAAAAGAGCCAGCUAGAGAAAGAGCUUAACGACGUAGAGGUUCCCAAAUAUCUAGACUUUUUUGAAAAACUUUUGAAAGAAUCUGGCACAGGAUUCGUCGUUGGUAAUACGCUGACGCUAGCAGACUUCUAUGUGUAUCAAGUUGUUACCAUGGUACCCGGCAGGGUAGGAGACACCACCAAACACCCACUCUUGAACGGUCUGGUGCAGAAAAUAGAAAGCAACGCAAACGUCAAAACUUAUCUCGCCAACAGGAAAAAGACGGACAUUUAAAAACAGAAUAGAACUCACACAUUUUUAAAAUUACCUGCUCAUUUAAAAAUAGUAGUGGCAUUAUAUUUACUAAACACAUCUGUUAUAGCUUGUUUAACAAUAGUAAAAUAAAAAAAUAUAAAAAUUUGGUAAACCAUUGUUAUAUUAAAUUAAGAUAAGAUAAAAUUUGGAAAAGUUGUAAUAUUUAAAGUGAAAAUAAUAUUUUAAUCAUUUGAAAAAGUUAACACACAUUCUCCUAAAAUAAAUGGUCAAAAAUUAAACCCAACGUAUACCUCUUUUAAAAUUCAACAUUAUUAGUUGUCAAUUUUUUUAUGCAUACAGAUUUGAACUAUACUAUGUUAUUGGUUAAGUUGAAUUGUUUUGUUGUUUUUCCAAUAAAGAAAUAUUUUAAUGA